CACGUCAUCAAUGAAAAGCGUGACUUCUGGCAGCCAACGCAACGACCUCGGAUGUGUCUUUCUUAGUUUUUAACUGUUGAUGACAAGUGUGUGCACUAACCCAGAGUAAGCACUUAAAAAACCUGAGUUGUUAAAGUUGAUCACUGUAUUAAUACAUUAUAACAUGGACAUCACGACCGAGACUAAAAUCCCUAGCUGCUGGGCGUACAGAACUAAAGUGUUUGAUGUUUAGUUACGAGGCGCCCAGUAUAACUUUAGUUUUUGUGAGGAAACCAUUUGUCUACAGAGACUAACAGACAUCGCUCUAUCACCCCUCCACCGAAGUUUUACAGCAGCCAGGACGUGUGGUCAGUAUCAGCCAACCUGGGAUUCCCUAGACACUCGGCCGCUGCCCGCCUGGUACGACGGGGCGAAGAUCGGCAUCUUCAUCCACUGGGGGGUGUUCUCUGUCCCCUCCUUCGGCUCUGAGUGGUUCUGGCAGAACUGGCAAGGCGUAAACUCAUCCGAUUACGUGAAGUUCAUGGAUAAGAACUUCCGGCCAGGUUUUACCUACCCAGACUUCGCGUCACAGUUCACAGCCGAGUUCUACGACCCUGAGGCGUGGGCCAACAUCUUCAAAGCCUCUGGAGCCCGGUACGUGGUGCUCACCAGCAAGCACCACGAGGGCUUCACCAACUGGCCUUCUCGCUACUCCUGGAACUGGAACAGUGUGGAUGUUGGACCUAAGCGGGACCUCCUGGGUGAUCUAGCCAAGGCCAUCAAGUCCACCACUCCAGACAUCCACUUCGGGCUCUACCACUCCCUUUUCGAGUGGUUCAACCCGCGUUACCUCGAUGACAAGACCAAUAAGUUCUUUACCAAUGAUUUUGUCGCCACCAAGACCAUGCCUGAGCUGUACGAGCUGGUGAACAAAUACGAGCCUGAGGUCAUAUGGUCAGAUGGGGACUGGGAGGCCCCUGACUGGUAUUGGAACUCCACUGUGUUCCUGGCGUGGCUCUUCAACGACUCUCCGGUCAAGGAUACUGUAGUGACCAACGACAGAUGGGGUAUUGGGGUCACAUGCCAUCACGGAUCUUACUAUACCUGCAGUGACCGCUACAACCCAGGUGUGUUACAGCUUCACAAGUGGGAGAACGCCAUGACCCUGGACAAGAACUCCUGGGGCUACCGUCGUAACGCUCCCCUCGCAGAUUAUCUCAGUGUCCACGACCUCCUCACCACCAUGGCACAGACCAUCAGCUGCGGAGGCAACAUACUGAUCAACAUAGGCCCGACGCACGAUGGUCGUAUUGCCCCCAUCAUGGAGGAGCGACUGAGGGAGCUGGGUUCUUGGCUCAAUGUCAACGGCGAGGCGGUCUACGACACUACACCCUGGAAACACCAGAACGACACUGUCACUCCUGGAGUGUGGUUCACAAGCAAGGAGGAUACAGUGUAUGCCAUUGUGCUCAGCUGGCCGAAGAACAAUGAGUUGGUACUCGGCUCCGUCAACUCCACUCCGCAGACCGAAGUGGCCAUGAUACGUUACCCUUCUUCACUCCAGUUUCAAGCACGAGAUCCGUCCGGGAUAACUGUCACCUUUCCCCCGAUGUCUGAGGUGACAAGCCAGUGGGUGUGGGUGCUGGCUAUGUCGGGAGUAGACUCAGCCUAGUAAAGAAAGAACCCAAUCUAGUAAGGGAUUCAAGACCUAAAUUACUGAAGCACAGAAAUGCAUGCAAACAAUAACUAAAAGGGUUGAAGCACCUUGAAAACUUCAAGGAUUGUGUUCCAGUCAUCAUGAAAAACUCGUCACUUUCCACCUCUAUAUCCUAUGAUGUUCACAUUAUUGAUCAAAAUAUAA